AAAAAAGGACCGGACUACCUGAUUCAGAGGUUGGUGGAUGGAGAAAAAAACCCACAAGCAAGUGAAGCGUUGUGGGAGGGCGGGCCACCUGUGACGGCAAAUGAGUGGAGAGAGAAGCCUCGAGUCCGUCCCAGCGUUAGUGCUGUGUGUUAUUCAGUGGGUGUUUGUGUGUUUGACUGUGAGUAUAGGCGUUUAAAGUCCAGCUGGAUUAUAUUGAGCUCACGGAAACACAUAUCCUGCUCUUCGAGGAAUGUGUACGUGAUUCAGCACGGUGAAAGAGGCUACCUGCCUGCCUGCCUGCCAGUGUUUGUGUGAGUGCGUGGGUGUGUGUGUGUGCAGGGGUUUAUGUUAGUGGUAGGGUGAAUAUGUUUGUGGGAGCGCAUGUGUAUAUAUCCUGGUCGGAGAGUGUGUGCCCCACGAGACGCUCGGUGGAGAUGCAGGGAGCUCGAUCCUCUGUGGCGCGGCUCCUGGUGCUGAGCUGCUGUGUGUGUGCGGUGGCCGCCUACCCGUUCAGGACGCCCCUGGACCUGGAUGUGACUCCACGCAUCACCGUGUUGAGGAGCGGUCUCCAGGGCUGCAGACGUUUCCAGUCCUCUGCAGUCAACUACAGCACCAUGUUGCUGGAGGCUGACAGUCAGCGUCUCUAUGUCGGGGCCCGGGGGGCUGUAUUCGCUCUCAAUGCCUCUGACAUCUCAGCCAGCCCUGCUCUCACUAUUGAGUGGGAGGCCUCCCACGAGCAAAAACUUCAAUGUCGGCUCAAGGGAAAAGACAAUAAGACGGAGUGUUUUAAUCAUAUCCGCUUCCUCCAGAGGUUCAACUCGACUCAUCUCUACAUGUGUGGGACUCAUGCCUUCAGUCCGCUCUGUGCAUACAUAGAUGAGGAAAGGUUUGUGAUGUCUUCUCAGCCUGAAGAGGGCAGAGACAAAUGUCCCUAUGGCCCAACAACAGGCUACACUGCCCUCCUCAUCGACCAGCAGAUGUAUACAGCUUCCCAGUAUGAGUUUAGGAGCUUUCCAGAUAUCCGCCGCAACUCUCCGUCUCCCACACUGAAGACAGAAGAUGCCCCAACACGCUGGCUGAAUGAGGCAGACUUUGUGGGCUCGGCCUUGGUGAGGGAGAGUUUGGGCAGCAGCACCGGUGAUGAUGAUAAGAUCUACUUCUUCUUCAACGAGAGGAGCCAGGAGCAGACGACAACCUACAGCCACAGCAGGGUGGCACGAGUGGCUCGGGUUUGUAAAGGGGACAGAGGAGGCCGUUUAACUCUUCAGAAACGGUGGACGUCCUUCCUCAAGGCCAGAGUGACAUGUACUCUGCCUGAGUACGACUUCCACUUCAACGUGCUGCGCAGUGUGUUCAUCGUACCCGGUCACAAGCCACAGGACACGCUCUUCUACGGCAUCUUCGGCCUGGAGUGGAAAAAUGUGAAGGCGUCUGCGGUGUGUCGGUUUUCUCUCUCUGAGGUCCAAGAGGCCUUUCAAGGACCCUACAUGGAGAACCAGGACUCUGACUCUAAGUGGAAGGAAUACACUGGAAAGAUCCCUGACCCACGACCUGGAACGUGUAUAACUGACGCUCUGAGGGCCAGGGACAUAAACGUCUCCACCUCCCUGCCUGAUGAUGUACUGAACUUUGUCAGGAGGCAUCCUCUGAUGUCCCAGCAGGUCCGACCUUCAGAUGGACGCCCACUUUUGUUCAGGAGGACCACAGACUACACACACAUGGCUGUACACAUGAUCCAAGGCUUAGAUGGACAAACAUACCAUGUAUUAUACAUGGGCACAGACGAAGGCUGGUUACAUAAAGCUGUAGAAGUCAAGGGUCUGCUGCACAUUAUCGAGGAGCUUCAAGUGUUUGAGGAACCACAGCCUGUUAACAAUGUACUCGUAUCUGAAAAACAGAUGAGUGUGUACGUGGGCUCUCCAUCAGGCGUGGUGCAGCUUCCUCUCUCUAACUGUCACAGAUACACUUCCUGCUACGACUGCAUUUUUGCCAGGGACCCUCAUUGUGCUUGGAACGGAGCCCAGUGUGUGGACAUAAUGGCACACGCAGACAGAUCCACUUUAAUACAGGACAUUCCGCAUGGCAGCUGGGGAUGUGAGAACACACAAGAUGACAUUGUCGUGCGGAGCCGCUCUGUGCGGGUGGGUGAUGACGUGCUGCUACAGUGUGAACUCAGCUCCAACCUGGCGAUGCCCCUCUGGACUUUGGAUGGCAGCGAGCUGCAGGGCUACGGCCUCAACUCUGGCUUCAGAUCCGGCACUGACGGUCUGCUGAUCAUCGAGGCCCGGCAGGACCAGAGCGGGCUAUACACCUGCUAUGCUGUUGAGAACACUAUCAAAGUUGCCAUGGUUACCUACAAUGUCACCAUCCACCUGGACCUGCCACCUCCCCCGCCUGUUGAGCCAACUGAAGACACUUACACUCUUUUCGCCACCCUGCCGGCACCCGCUGAGCGUCCCUCCUCCGAGAGGCACCUGCCACCGCCCCCUGCCCCCCUUCUCCCCCACUCAGAGCUGCUCUCCCCCAGGAACAUGGAGGCCAUGUACCUGUCCCUCAUCACCAUCCUAGGAGGUCUGUGUGUAGUCCUCACUGUGGUCCUGGUCUAUGUGGGCUUCUGCCUGAGAGUGGGCAACAGAGGGAAGUACUCAUUACGCGCUGCAGCUGCUGCCUACCCAAACAGUAAGAGGCACAACGGGAACAGAAAACAGCACAGAAACUCCUCCCACAUGGAGCUGAAGACAAUCUCGAGCCACUGUAACAGCAAUGGCAUUUGUAAUGGAGUUUCAAAGCAGCAUAACAGUGACAUCCAGGACGGAGGCUUCCUCCAGAUUGUCCCUGGUGAGGGUCACCCAUCACCCAAUAAGGAGCCUCCUCCCCCAGCUCCUCCUCUCCCACCGACUCCGCAACUUUCCUCUCCAAUGUGUGACUUCCCCAAUGGGCUGUCGGCCACGUUGCCCAGCGUCCUUAGGAGGAUGAAUGGCAACAGCUACGUGCUGCUGAGGCAGAGCGACUCUGAAAACACGUCGCCGCUCUGCUACUCCUUUGCUGAGGAGCUCAACAGGAUCUUAGAGAAGAGGAAACACACUCAGCUGCUGCCCAGGCCGGAUGAGAGCUCUGUGUAGAGAGUUGUAGCUCCCCCUGUGGUGGGAGGACUGUUGUGUUUGUACCUGGUGCUGAAGUGCCUCUCAUAAAACUCAUUGUUGGGGACUAAAGCAAUGAGAGAUUCUUAUCUACAUUGUUUACUUUGGAUUUUCUUUUUAGUCCACAAUGAUACCUGCUUUUUGAACCUCUGACCCGUUAGUCAACCUUAAAUCCCAAAUUUCCCAGUACAUAAAGUAAGAAUCGAGCAUGAAAUGGAAUAAAAGUGUAAUCUACCUCAGUUCAAUACUGCCCAGAAGGAUGUGUGCAGUCAGUCUGUGGUCUGAACUUAGUAUCAGGGCUGAGAUCUCAGCUGCUGAAAGACCUCUGAUCACUUCAUAGAAUUACACGUGAAGGCUUGUGGCGGCCAUAUUUGGCUUAAUUUCAACUGGCGGGCAGCUAGCCAAAGUUUGUUUGCACUGACAAGUGCACAGAUGGCCUAUGCAUUUUUAAACAUGACAUUCACACAGUAUAAAUAUUGAGGGACAUGGACGUGGUGAGCGAGGGAAUUUGGAUUGCAGUGUAUUCACUUUUAAUACAGACCUAACCAAUUGCAAUUACCAACAAACACAAAACAAUGCACAGUAACUCAUGAUGGCACACACCACUUUAAAUGAGUCAUCAAUUAAAAAUGGUGAACUAAUCACUAUUAAAAAUUAUUUGGAGUUAAGUAAAUAACCAAAUUAAAGAUUUCUUCAUUUAUAACAUUGUUUCUAUAUGAAAAUUACAUGACAUAUGUGGGGUUAAAAUUCAAUAAACUUUAACUGCCACAAUUUUGUAAUAACUAUGUAAAAUGCAGAUAUACUUUUAAUUAUUAUCAAAAUACUUGCAAAAACAAAUAAACAUUACUGUUCUUAGCCCUAAUUUACAUUUGCAGCUGAGGCUCAUAAUCCAUCAUAAAUGGUAAAACUUGCCUUAUGUUGGCCUUGGUUGUAACGUUUCAAUUUUGUCUGCAAUUCCUACAAAUUCAUAAGAUAUUAAAGAAUAAACAAAGAAUUAAUGUUGUUUAACCUUUACAUAAAUGAAGAAAUAUUAAAUAGUGAUUAUUUCACCAAUUGUUAAUAUGAAAUUGUUAAUAUGAAUAGUUUAUAUGAAAUGUGACAGUAUUAAUGAUUUUAAUGCACUUUAAAUGCCAGUUUUAAAGCGCUUUGGGAAAGUUAAUGGAUGCCAUUAUGGAAUUUGACACUUCAACCUGUCAAGAAGCAGCAGGCCAGAGGAGCUCUUUGAUUGGCUGUUUCUCAGUAUGAAGAGCUGCAGCAGUGAAGGCCGCAGCUGUGUCUGCUGGACCUUGUUUGACACAAGCGGAUUUGAAGGAAAACACUGACUGUGUCUCAGCUUAGCCUGAAUCCACUGCUGAGUGACACCCUUGCAUGAGACUAUAACACAGAAUGAAAGACUGUGGGGCACCGCAUUCGCCAAAAGCAUCCUAGGUAAAUCAUUUUUGUAUCUUGCCAACACAUCCCCUACACAGGCACUUUGCCAAACAAGUACUUAAGGAAAUAGAUCGUGGAGUUAAGAGUGCGUGGUCACCAUGUUUUAGUCUAUGAUACACACACUGAGCACAUUGUUAUCUUACAGUUUCCAUCCAUCCAUCAUUCCGUGAGCUCACGCCUGUUGGUGUCCAAUGCAUACCUUACAAUCCACCUCCAUGCAUCACGUUCUUGUGCUAUCCACCUGUGUGUAUGGUUAUCUGUCUGGCACCAUUCCUCGACAAGAUUCCCUGAAGUUUUUGUUCGAGAUCCCCAAAGGUAAACAUCUGCUGUAGUCUGAUUCACAGAUAUACUGAAUCACCACAGACAAAUUAACAAUCCAACAGCAGAUUUCAUUUAUGAGAGAAGCCCAACCAUGGAAUAUAUUAAAACAAACACAAAUGCUUCAUUUUUAGAAAUCAGGCUGACAACUUUGUCUUGAGACUAGUUUGGGCAUUAUCAUUCAAUUCAGUAUUACACUGUUUAUUUUCCUUAUCAUCGUCCUCUUGAUGCAUCUCACUGUGGUUCUCCUGUCAGAGGGCAGCAUUAAUUAAACACUCAAGUCUGACCUUACUGCAGAAGGAGGGAGAAAAGAGUUAGAGAUCCCCCCAGAGAUUUACAGUAUGAAGCACUCUCAAGCUCCCAAUUAUUUCCCCAUACCCUCUGGCUCAGACUGGGGUUUUGUGUUGUAUUACUGUAUGACAAAAUAGCAUCUCAAGCAUACACCGUACGCUUAUAUGCACGUAUAGUCGAGCAAUUCCUCCAUAGGAAGCGAUCCUUUGGCACACUUGCAUAACAGGACAUUUGAUUGAAUCUAACAGGCCUGUGAUGUCAGGGUGUGAGAUACUGCACAUGCUGCUGUGGUUCGCUUGAAGAGCUAAGCUUUCUAGUCAGUGGCACUGAUCAAAGACAUGAAAGGAGAAGGACAUAGCUGCACACUUUGCACAUUAAAAGCCUUCAUUAAAGCCCUUUGACCUCAUUUCAAAGCACAAGACAAGGUGAAAACAACGUCAGGGGUUUUAUUUCAAGUCUUCAUUCCAUAUUCCUGCACGAACACUUAAUACCAGUGUUGUUAAUAUGUAAAUACUUUGAGCUGUGUUUGAAAAAGCCCAGACCUCAUAUACAGUAGGUAGGUAGCAGAGUCUAAAAAUCAGAGACACAUUGCUGGCACAUACUGUUUGCCUAAAUAUUUCCCCACUCUUUUUCUCCAUUUAAUUCAGAGGUGCUUUAUUGGCAUGAGAAACAGACGUUUACAUUGCCAAAGCAAGUUAGAAAUAAAUCUCUCUGUAUCUCUUAUUUGCAGGUCUGAUGAGCACAGGUCAGUUUGAAUUUCUCUUAAUUUCAUUCCCGGGGAUAUCGUCUCCCAAGCAGCGUCAGAUGGCACGACCGGCUGCAAAGAUGUUCUUUUAAUGAGCAGUGAAAUGAAAUUCACCAUCAUUAGUGAACCAGCAGAGCUAGAAGAGAAAGAGAGGCUGGAUAAGGGCUACAGCACGAGACUCUCUGCACCUACAGCUCUGAUUCCCCACCACUGAAAUGAAAAUUGUUGGCUGCAGUGUCUUACGAAGCAACGUUGGUUCUUCAGACAGCAGCUCUUUGUGUGCAGAGAGCGUCCUCUCCCCAGUUUGAUGCAAACUUGUUACACCAAACUCAAUGUAAUGACCUUUUACUCACACUUGCUGCAUGAAUUAUGUUUCAACACUGCUGGGGGUUUUUUUUCCUUUAAAUUCCAGGAAAUAACAAGGAUAACUCAUCUUAAAAUUAAUGAAAUGUGCCACAGAUGAUGUUUAAAAUGACUUUGUGAGCCUAUUUUACUGCAAAACAACAAGAAAAUGAUUUUAAAAAAGAAGGGUAUUUAUUUUGUAACUUUUGUACAUUGUGUUUGGAAGUGAUUGUCAAUGUUGCUGUUUAAGUGCCACUUGUGAGACACCAUCCCUGACAAAUGGGAGUGUCACAAGUUGACUGUGUUGCACAUAAUGUGAUAAAUAGAUGCAUGGUAGCCAAAAGCAUGCAGAGGCUGAACCAGCACCACAGAAUUUAACAUUUAUAACCUACUAAUGGGAGGAAAAUUUCACCAAUUUACUACUCACUAUUACCUAUUUAUUAGGGAUCAUUCAGCUUUUCUGUCACUGUAAUGUCUACAUAUUGGUUUUGAUCGAUCUUUGCAUGUUACACCAUGCUUGGGAACACAGCAAAUCAAAUUAUUUUACUAAACUAACACAAAGAAUAACUUGUCAGUGGGUUCUUUCACAUUUCAUUCAUAAUUCAAAUAAAACUUUGUACUUCAACCUC